CGAGAAAUCCCCGUUCCCUGCAUCGGAGGAAAAAGCGGGCGCCGUUGCUGGUCAUCAGGAGAGACAGAUGUGGGCCGAAAACCCUAACCCUUGUUUCGUUGCUCUCCUUGUCGGAUUGGAGGGAGGAGGAGAUGAGGAAGAGAGUGAUCGCGGCCGCCGUCGCGGCGGCGGCGGCGGGGGGGAUCGCCGUCGCGCUGGUUUGGUCCCGGCGGAGCGCGCGGCGGUGGGAGCGUGCGGAGCGCAUCGUUCAGGAGCUCAGAGAGGGGUGCCACACGCCCGUGACGAGGCUGUGGGAGGUGGCCGACGCCAUGGCCAGCGAGAUGAGGGCUGGGCUCUCUUCCGAUGGAGGGAGCAGCCUCCGGAUGCUCGUCACUCCACUCGAGUCCCUCCCCACUGGCAAUGAAGAAGGGCUUUUCUAUGGAUUAGAAAUCAACCAAACCACAAUUCGUAUGUUAUGUGUACAACUAGGAGGAAUGGAUGCUCGUGUCAUCAAGAAACAUUUAGCAGAGGUUCCUGUGCCAUCCAAUUUAAUGGUUGGCACUUCUGAGGACCUGUAUGACUUUAUUGCUGCAGAACUAUCAAAAUUCAUCUCAGCAGAGGAAUUGAGUUAUAAUAUUCAAGAUAGAAGACCAAAAGAAAUCGGUGUUACCUUUUCAUUUCCAGUCAUCCAAAAUUUGGCAUCAAAUGGGACCAUAAUUGAGUGGACAAAUGGUUUUUCUAUCAAGGAGACAGGAGAAAAAGAUGCUGCAGCAGAGAUUAAUAAGGCCCUGGAGAAACAUGGUGUGGACAUGCAUGUUUCUUUUCUGGUUAAUGAUACAGUUGGGGCAUUUGGUGGAGCUAGAUACUGCAGCAGUGACACUAUGGCUGCUGUAACCCUAGGGAUGGGGACAAAUGCUGCUUACAUGGAGCCUCUUCAUGCUAUUCCCAAAUGGCAAGGCCCUCAUCCGAUGCAGGGAGUAAUGAUCAUCAACAUGGAAUGGGGAAAUUUCCAGUCUUCUCAUUUUCCUAUUACAGAAUUUGAUGUUCAGAUAGAUGCUGAAAGUCCCAAACCUGGGGGGAAGGUCUUUGAGAAGCUCAUUUCUGGAAUGUAUUUGGGAGAUAUUGUUAGAAGGGUUUUGUUGAAAAUGGCUGAAGAAACUGCUCUCUUUGGAGACACUGUCCCUUUGAAGCUUAGGAUUCCAUUUGUGCUAAGAACUCCUGAUGUGGCUUCCAUGCAUCAAGACUUAUCACAGGAUCUCAGCCUUGUUGGAGAGAAAUUGGAGGAAUGUUUGGGGAUUCCUAAUACUACUGUAAGGAUGAGACAACUUGUUGUUGAGGUAUGUGAUAUUGUUGCAAAACGUGGAGCUCGUUUGGCUGGUGCCGCUAUAGUAGGGAUCCUAAAGAAGCUUAAAAGGGAUGGAACUGAUAAGAAGAGUGUGGUCAUGGUGGAGGGAGCACUCUAUGAACACUACAGACUGUUCAGAGCAUAUCUGCAUGAUGGAGUGAAGAUGAUGCUUCAUGGAAGAAAUUUGGACAAUGUUAUAAUCGAGCAUUCGGGUGAUGGUUGUGUAAUUGGAGCUGCAUUGCUUGCUGCUUCAAAGUCUGGACAUGCAACGAACUCCUGAAUCCUGAUACAUGGUAAUAUUUUCAUUUUCAUUUCAUAUAUUUUGCAACAUCCUUGAUUUUAAGUUAUUCUUUUUAAUCAUUGUAUUUAUUUAUGAUUUUCUGGAAAUUUAAACAUAUUCUGACGUAGUGUGCAAAUGCCAGUGAGGCCUUUCUCCAAAAAAAUUACCAUUGUAAGUCA